AUGUUUCGAUUAACAGUUACUCAGUUUGAUUUGAUAUUAGAAAAAGUGCCAAAUACUAGCAAUGAAUGGUUGAAAAUUGCCGCUGAUUACCAUUCCAAGUGGAAUUUUCCAAACUUUAUAGGAGCUCUCGAUGGAAAGCACAUUAUUAUGCGCUGUCCAAGAAAUUCGAGUUCAUUGAACUUCAAUUACAAGCACUCAUUUAGCAUCGUUUUAUUAGGACUAGCUGACGCCAAUUAUAGAUUAUUGUACAUCGAUGUUGGUACCAAGGGCCGAAUAAGCGACGGUGGAAUUUUUAAUCGAAGCUCUUUGUAUAGCGCAAUCGAAAAUAAUUUGCUUAAUAUUCCGCCUUCAACCUUACUACCUGGCUCCGAUAUCAAAACACCUUACACUAUAAUUGCAGAUGAUGCGCUUAAAACCUAUAUCAUGAAGCCAUACAGUUUUCGUGGCCAAGACAUUGGUCAACGUGUAUUCAAUUAUCGUCUGUCGCGGGCAAGACGAAUGAUUGAGAGUGUUUUUGGUCUUAUGUCUACGAAAUUUCGAGUAUUGCGAUCAAUAAUUGAACUAAGUGAGGCCAAUGUUAAAACAUGCGUCUUAGCUAUAUGUGCAUUGCAUAAUUUUUUGGUGGCUUCAAAUGAAAAUUCAUACACUGAAUCCAUAGCUAUACGGCAUCAGUGUUAG